UGGUACCAAAAUGACGAUUCGAAGAUGACGAACCCGAGACCUCUCGAAAAGGACUCAGAUUCGACAAUUGGAUUAAAUACCAAGCGGUAAAUGGCCCUAUUAAUUUGCCGCCGACUUUGAUCAGUAUGCUCAAUAGUGAUAAUUACAAGCCUAAAUCACGCGACAGAUUCAAACAGACUCUUGAUGGCAAGAAGGCUGGUGAUCAAAACAUAUUGCCAUCAAUUGGACAGAGGCCCAAAGAGUUUGAACAUGGCUUUCCAGGAGAUUCAUUUUUUGUUAUGGAGCAGAUGAUUGGAGUGCGGAAAGAAUUUUCAGCAGAGAGCAAGGAUUCAAUCAAGAAGAUAUUAGCAGGACCUAUGGGAGUUGGAAAGUCCUAUCUUGCCAUUUUCCUUGCUGCCAAAGCCUAUACGGAAGGAUGGCCGGUACUCUACGUAGCAGAUGCCGGCGAACUAGUUCAGUCAAAGCUCAGUGUGACGGGUACAGAAAUAUGCGAGCGAUUUUUUGCCUUAAGUAAGGAGAGAUUGACCUUUGCUGACUUCAAGGAGAUUCUGAAGGCACUUUCAAGAGAUACAAUCGUUGAAGACACGGCGACGUCUACAACUUCUAGGAUCCUUUCAUCACUGGUCUGCCAGGUGGACAAGAAGGCCCUUGCUAUCAUCGAUGAGCACGGCAAGCUUUUUGAAAAUAAUAAACCAGCGCCAAGCCUCUUCGAACCUUUGAUUGACAUCCAUCUGUGGAAACCCGCGAGCAAUGGAGCUCGAGCGAUCUUUACCGGGACGGCGUUUGCUGGCUACGAAACUAUAAUACUCACCCGCGACGUCGAUUCAAUCCUAGAGUUUGUAAGUCCGCUCUCCAAUACGGUUUUUGACAAACUUUUAGCAUCAAGUCCCCUGCUAUCAGAGGAAGAUGUUAGGGAGGAGCCACAAACAACAUUCCAAGGGAACUCAACAUGCUGGUCAGGUUUCUUAACGAAUCUGGAUCCAAAGACGUACACCUGACUACUGUACAAAAAAUUAAAUAUUCGAGGAAGAACGACGUGCAUCCUUUGCAGAAGUUGCCCAGAAAUACUAUCAAAAACUUGACGAUACGUCGAAGCAAAUUCAUCUCGAGGUCAUUUCACGCAUCUUUCAACCUAAAGCAAAUGGAAACCUGCUCUAUAAGCAAGUCCCAAGUGCAUAUCAGCUCAAGGACUUAGGCUUAUUAUAUCGUGUCAAAGAAGGUGGCAUGGUCGUAUACCGAUUCUUAU